AUGAAAAGGAAUCAAACUUCUGUUCCGCCUGGAGAUAUCGAUGGAAUACAGAGUAGCGCAUAUAUGAUUCUAGACGAGCUCGACACCGGAGCUGAUAGCUCCUCCACGCUUCAAUACUCGGAGGAGCCUAGUACCGUGUUAAAUACCCAGGGAGUUUGGGCUGAGGAACAGCCAACAGCAGCAUUUUCUCGACUGCCUCAAGUCGUAAUUGAGAGGAUAUUACAUUUGGUGGAUGCAAGCUGUUUUGCUUCACUUACCUUGGUUAAUCGGGAAUGGCGAAGGAUAUCCAACUGCCCACGGUUUUAUCGUCACCACUUAACAGACUUCUGUUCAUCAGAUGAUACACCAGCCGUGACUUUAGAAUCAGAUAGCCUCGAACAUUUGAAGUCCAGAUUUGCCCAAGUGGCCAGGAAAUAUGUUUUUGCUGCCUUUCUUCGACCAAAACAGACCGUUGUGAAGCUCAUCUCAGCAUCCGUCAGCUCUUCAUCAGCUUCUCCGCAAGGUGAAGCAUUGCGGUUUAUAUUCUCUGCAAGUGGCCGGCUACUUCUUGCAUUAAGUUCAUCAAGAAUAUUUGUAAUAGACCUUACUAAGGAUCCUAUUUCAAUUCUCCACGAAUUAAAGAUAUUACGCCGCCCUACAGCAGCUGCAAUCCUUGAUGACGGGACAUUGUUAGCUGUUGCAUCCUCUGAACACCGGGUACGCCUGUAUGGGCUAAAGAACCAGCAUGCAAGCCUCCUUCAAACAAUUGAACUUCACGAGGUUCCAUUAACGCUGGAAUUUUCGCCCUACGCCUCUGUUCUAGCCGUGGCAUUUGAUGGAGGGAUUGAAAUCUACGCGUUGGGUGAUAAUAUACUAUCGACGGCUCAUAGAGCUGUAAGAUGUGACGGGGUAUCAACCCUGGCCUUCUCCUCUGAUGGAUCCAUGCUCUUUGGCUCUUCCACAGAUCUUCGAGCUCAUAAUUUCGUCAUGGUCUCUCCUCCGCUUCUUCCUGACCCCGGGUUCGAUCUUAGCCUGCCAGAACUCCACAGUCGAAUGUGGACAACGCAAAUUCUGUUUCCAGAGGUUGGCGACGGGUAUAGUUGUUCCAACUUGAUACCACCAGCUGAAGGUGGCGAUCAAUCUGUCUUCUUUGUAGGAUAUGAUACUCAGAUGAAGGCAUUCCGGAUAUCCCAAGUUGAUGACAUUAAGGGCGGUACCCUUUACCUUGUUGGUCCUGGGGCAGAUACAGAAAGAGACGAACCUAAGCCAAACCUGCUUCCGGUUGCGAGUGAGAAAGGUGAAUUUAUAGCAGCCGGCUUUGAAGGUUCUGGAAUUUGGAUAUUCGGUGUUCCAACUUCAAGAACUAAAGCUGAGGAUGAGAGGAAAGGGUCCCAGACCCAGCCCCAGCCUACUAUCACUCGCGUCAACGAAGACGGUUCAUUAUCGUCCGAGGCCACUAACUUCCAACGUCUCAAAAAACAUAUUGAAGGCCCGAAAAGUUUCAUAGCUGGGCAUCCUCUCGAAGCUGUCAACGAUAUUACGGAUAUGCGUUGGAUGCGUGACAUAAAAGGAGAGAAUAGUGGCUCUAAGAAGCUACGCAGGCUCGUUGCGGUAGCUCCCGGAGGUGUUGAUUCCUCUUUCAGUGUUAUUACUGGGGAUACUAUGCCCAUCGACGGUGGAAGGAUAAUUCUGUUUGAUUUUGAACUUUCCACAAGAAAUGGUACACAUGAAGAGCUGAUAAUCGAGGCUGGCGAGGCAGUUCCAACAGAGUUGCCCGAACGAGGUGCAACCCUUGAUGCCGAAGUCGAGCUUGAAAAGAGAAGAGCCCAAAUCAGUCGCCAGAGAACCAUGGCGGCUAGGCAUACACCAUCCCGGUCGAAUAGGCGAAACAGUAUACCCCCAGCAAGCUCUCAUCAGAACGAGGAGCCGUCAUCCCCACCUUUUCCAUCUAGCCCAGGAGGAGGAACCAGGAGUGCCCUACCGUUCUUAGACAGCCCUUACAGCAACACCUCACCUCGCUCUGUCGAGACAUUAAGACGAGCAGCAACUGCAGCCUCCCGUAGCCUUGCAGCAAGUCGAUUCGAGAAUGCUCGCCCUGCUCUCCAUUCGGGUCCCCGUCGCCGGCAGUUUGUCGUACCACAUGAAAGUGAUGCAGAUAACUGGGUGCCACCGCCUCCUCCCUAUACCGCAGAUGCUACCGAUUCUCUCCCGGAUCAUUUUAGAGUGGGGAUUUUACCUAGAGCCACAGAGCCUCCACCCGGUACUCCACCUAGUGACAUGGGCCAUGGGCUUCGCAGGUCGCGGACCUCAACCAUAGAUUCAAUGGGAAGCUCGUCCUUACAACGUUCACAGACGACUAUAAGCCGGCCUAGUAUCACAAUCCCUAGGCGCCCCGUUCCAUCAAGUAGCGCGACGAACAGCCCAGUAAAUUACCCUAGCGCAUCACAGAUUACAGCUAUAUCACCUUCUAACCCAGUGGCAAGUGGAAGGAGGCAGCCGUCAAAUAGCCAGAUUGGCUUCAGCACAGCCAACAUGAGUUCCUCUUUACCUUCUCAUAUUAUCACCACUGCUAAUAUUGACCCCCCCCCUUCUCUGCCUCAUAUAUCUCCAAUGGAACCUUCUACGGGCUCAAUACGAGCAAAUUUCACAUUCUCAUCCGGUCACACUGCCCCAUCCAAUCCUAUCUUCCAGGAUAGAGGUAGUCAGCCUCAUUUUCCGAACAUGAACCCAUCUACACCUGACCAGCUGCAGCCAAGUGGAUCCGGUGGGCGGGCAGUGCAGACCGAUUCCUUUCAGCGGCCUUCCUACAAUCCCUCUCCAGUCUCAUCUUCCACAGCUCACGCUACUGAUCCCCAGGACAUUCUACCAAGUGUCCCUACAUUGCAUAUUCAACGCCAGUUAUCUGGAACAAACUCACUCCCUGAAGAUGCCCGCCGAAACCCCCAGCCACGCAGUGGUCGCUGGCUCUCCACCGACCCCAGGCCCUCUGACAAUGGGAAUUCUGGCGUUCAAAGAUCCCGGUCCCGUUCUCAAGAUGUACCACGACGUCGCCAAAACGCAGGGGGCGGGCUUUUUGACAAACGUACUGGGCGUAACAUUCUGACCUCUCAGUCUGACAUUCGCUUAAAUUCUACUGCGCGAUCUGAGGACUGGAAGGAACAAUGGAAUAAGUUGAAGGGCGAACGAAAGAGGAACAAGGAUUCAAAGUGUGUAGUAAUGUAA